AUGGCGGACCAAAGCUGGCUACGAUUUCUUGGGGGCAACAGAGCUCGACAGCACGAUCUGAAGUAUCGUCGCUCCGAAGCAGCCCUACAAGACUUGUACAAAGAUCCUCCCAAAAGCAAAGAGAUGCAUGCCCACCGCUUGAAGAAGAGCAUGACGCGACUCCCUAGCUGGCAAGGAGUAUCUCAGGCAAACCAGGCGACUACCGCGGCGGCUGAGGCGGAAUACAGUUUGGACGAAGUAGACAAGUUGUUCAUUAACGCAGGCCAGCAGAUCUGGCACAACCCCUCCAUUGACCAAGUGGCAGAAACCUUGCAGGUUGCAGUAAUGACCAAUCCUGCAAGCGAAGCACUUUCCGCAGAGUAUCGCUCACAUAUCCUGCUCCUUUGCGAAGCUUAUGGCACUCGACACAGAAAGAUUGCCAAGCUCGAAAAAGAGCUUGCAGAAGCAAAAAUGGCACUCAAGGACGAGGCAAGUCGACACAACUCCAUAGAAGAACACUGGAUGGUCCAGGAUGCACGGUACAAAGCUGAGGUUAAACGUCUUGAGAUGUUUAUUCAUCGAAUGUCUGAUCAAGGCAUGGAGGCUGUGGCACUCGCCAGGGCCGGUAGUCUCCUCAGGGGAAGAGCUGGAGCUGCCACAGGAGGGCAAAGGGCCAUCAACAGUGACGUGGUCGACGAGGACACUUCGAAUGGAGCCUCUGAAGCCACUGUCAAGAACGAACGUAAUCCCACCUUACUAACACGACAGGAUACAGUGUUAUCUCGAACACGAACCAUGGAUACCAGCAACGAGAUCAGGUUGAGCAGAGGGUUCCGGGUUCAAGACCACCUCAAGAAGAAGAAGAAAGCAGCAACCGGCGCUCGCCGACUUGAGACACAUGCAGACGACGAUAGAAAGACACGCCCUGAGCAAGGCCGAGAAGAACUGCAGUCACGAAGUGCUUCUAUGCUCUCAAUUGGUCCAGGUGGACGAGGUACAGCAGACAUGCCGCCACACAUGGGUAGUGCCAGGAGGGAGCGCGAUUCUACCGAAGAGUCAACAGUAAUGGAGGAGGUUGGCAUUAUUGACCGGACAAACUCUACAUCCACAUCUCUCACGCAAAGCCAGUCAAGCCAGGAUACGGUUACUGAGCUCCGGUGUGAUCGAAGAAGCCAUCAAAAUAACCCUCGCCAUCAUCGUCAAUUCUCGUUUGUGGCCGGAGACGAUAUAACAGCGGUACGGUUGGGCGGGCCCAGAGGGUCUAGAAUUGCUCUGGGUCAACAUAUCCAGACGAGCCAGGCACCGACGACUAGUAGAGAGACUGGUCGUUUCUGUGAAGAGAACCGUAGGUCGAGAUCGGCCGAGUGGAUACGGACGAUAGAGCAGCGAUGGUCGGACAUUGACGACAACCCCGGAGCGUCAGACCUGCGACUCUAG